AUGCUGAAGGGCCUCUUGGACCUCGCGCACGGCGCCCAAACGGCGCCGGCCGCGGCGUGCAGCUGCGCCAAGGGCCUGGCGGUGGGUGUCCAGUGCCUGCAGUCUGCGCUACGCGGCGAGGGCUUCGCGGCCGCAGCUGCCACGCCCCCGGUGGCAGCACCUCAGGGCAGGUUUGCCGCGGCCGGCGGCGGCUCCCGGGAACCCAUCAAGGCGGGCGGCCACUCGGCGGGCCGCAACGGCAGGGUGCGAGAGGGGGGUGGCGGCGCCAGCACCAGCGUCAGCAGCAGCCAGCAGCUGGCGGCGUCGUUUUACAGCGUCGACCCGCUGUCCUCAGACCUCCCGGCCCACGACGCGCACGCGCUGCGCAACAUCCUGCUGCACUCGCGCUAG